CUAAUUGUCCGACAUGCAAGUCUACUAUGCCGUACGAUGUAACAUUCGUGCCAUCAAAGGUUGCCAAUACUGGUUUAUCCGGUGAGGGAGGCUACGUUAAAGGUGUCGUAACAUAUAUGGUGAUGGAUGAUUUGGUGGUGAUGCCCAUGUCUAACAUCUCUGGUAUUGCAUUGCUUAGCAAGUUCAAUGUUACAAAUGUUCAAUCUUUGGAGGAGAAGGUGGUGAGUUUUGGGAUGGAUGAGGGUUUGAAGCUGUUAAAGGCGACUUUGCAUUCAAAAAUGGUGUUAACAAGUGUCUUCCUUGGAGGCAUGAAGACAAUUGUAUCAGAGCCAGUUGUAAUCACGCGUAUGGAUUAAACAGACCAUGUUGUCCGUAGGUUAUAGAGGGUAGAACGUAGAACUGUGCUAACCCUUGUUUUGCAUCGUUCUUACCCAGCUAUUAUGGUCACAUGAUUUUUAUUGGUUUUAUGUCAUUGGAUCCCACGAUAAUUUUUUCGUGGUUAUUGUUAUUUAUUGGGUACCACGAUUAUUUUUCGUGGUUGUAAUAAUUAACGUAGCAUGUGUUAUUUAUUGGGUGCCACGAUUAUUUUUCGUGGUUGUAAUAAUUAACGUAGCAUGUGAACUCCAA